UCCCCAGCACGGACCAUGGCCUCCCCGCGCCUGGGGACCUUCUGCUGCGCCACGCGGGACGCCGCCACGCAGCUGGUGCUGAGCUUCCAGCCGCGGGCCUUCCACGCGCUGUGCCUGGGCAGCGGCGCGCUCCACCUCGCGCUCGGCCUCCUGCGGUUGCUGCCCGGGCGCCGGCCCGCGGGCCCCGGGCUCCCCUCGGCCUCCCCGCCGGCCACGGCCCGCGCCCCGGCCUCCGCCCGCAUCCUGCGCGCCGCCGCCGCCUGCGACCUGCUCGGCUGCCUGGGCAUCACAGUCCGGUCUACGGUGUGGUUAGGGUUCCCGAGUUUCGUGGACGACAUCUCAGCCGUGAACGGGACAGACGUGUGGCCCGUCGCCUUCUGCAUGGGGAGUGCAAUGUGGAUCCAGCUGCUGUACAGCGCCUGCUUCUGGUGGCUGUUUUGCUAUGCGGUCGAUGCCUACCUGGUGGUCCGGAGAUCGGCGGGACUGAGCACCAUCCUGCUCUACCAUAUGAUGGCCUGGGGCCUGGCCGCACUGCUGUGCGUAGAGGGAGCAUUCAUGCUGUACUACCCUUCCGUGGCCAGGUGUGAGAGGGGCCUGGAGCACGCCGUCCCCCACUACGUCACCACCACGUACCUGCCCCUGCUGCUCGUCCUCGUGGCCAACCCCAUCCUCUUCCGAAAGACAGUGACUGCAGUGGCCUCUUUACUAAAAGGAAGUCAAGGAGUUUACACGGAGAACGAGAGGCGGAUGGGAGACGUGAUCAAGACCCGAUUUUUCAAAAUCAUGCUGGUUUUCAUUAUUUGUUGGGUGUCGAAUAUCAUCAAUGAAAGCCUUUUAUUCUAUCUUGAAAUGCAACCGGAUAUCAAUGGAGGCUCUUUGAAACAGGUCAGAAAUGCAGCCGAGACCACGUGGUUCAUGAUGGGGAUACUGAAUCCAGCCCAAGGGUUCCUGUUGUCCCUGGCCUUCUACGGCUGGACAGGCUGGCGCCCAGCUUUUCGGGGUCCCAGGAAGGAGAUCCAGUGGGAAUCGAUGAGCACCUCGGCCGCCGAGCGGGGUUCCCCAUCCCCGAGGGGCUCCCGUGAGCCCCGGGAAAGCCCCGCUGCCGGGAAGGAGGUGCGGGACGGCGAGCACAGUUCCGACGAGGCCUUGAGCCUGCUGUCUGAAGGUUCUGACGCCAGCACAGUUGAAAUCCAUGUUGCAAGUGUGUCCUGCAAUGGAAAGGAGGCUGAAUCUGUUCCAAAAGCCCGGGGAGACCUGUGAGAGGACGAGACAGAGGUCCAAACCCGUCUUCCCCAGACUCCACGUGUCUCACCCCUUAGGACUGUGUUCUCGCCUGCAGUCAGCGCACUGCAGGGUGUAGCAUCCCCCAAAUGUCACCCCCAUCACCACGUUAGUGUGUCCCCCGAGACCCUCUUUGCGGUAGGAGGGAUGAUCCGUGAGCCCGCGCGUGGGGACGGCAGGGGUACUCUUUGGAGAUCAGACACUCUCCAGA